GAGUGGGGCGGGGCUCCCUGUUCCAGGAGCGUUCGCCACUGUGCGCGGGGUCCCGGAGGCCUAGGCAGCUGCCGCCUGCUGUCCCCGCAGUCCUAGCCGCGAGCGUCAUGGCCCAGCCGCCGCCCGACGUGGAGGGGGACGACUGUCUCCCCGCGUACCGUCACCUCUUCUGCCCGGACCUGCUGCGGGACAAAGUGGCCUUCAUCACAGGUGGCGGCUCUGGGAUUGGGUUCCGGAUUGCUGAGAUUUUCAUGCGGCACGGCUGCCACACAGUGAUCGCCAGCAGGAGCCUGCCACGAGUGCUGAUGGCCGCCAGGAAGCUGGCUGGGGCCACCGGCCGGCGCUGCCUCCCUCUCUGUAUGGAUGUCCGAGCGCCCCCAGCUGUGAUGGCUGCCGUGGACCAGGCUCUGAAGGAGUUUGGCAGAAUUGACAUUCUCAUUAACUGUGCUGCUGGGAACUUCCUGUGCCCCGCCGGCGCCUUGUCCUUCAAUGCCUUCAAGACCGUGAUGGACAUCGACACCAGUGGCACCUUCAAUGUGUCUCGCGUGCUCUAUGAGAAGUUCUUCCGGGACCACGGAGGGGUGAUCGUGAACAUCACUGCCACCCUGGGGAACCGGGGGCAGGCGCUCCAGGUGCAUGCAGGCUCUGCCAAGGCUGCUGUGGACGCGAUGACACGGCACUUGGCUGUGGAGUGGGGUCCCCAGAACAUCCGCGUCAACAGCCUCGCCCCUGGCCCCAUCAGUGGCACAGAGGGGCUCCGGCGACUGGGUGGCCCCCAGGCCAGCCUGAGCACCAAGGUCACCGUGAGCCCACUGCAGAGGCUGGGGAACAAGACCGAGAUUGCCCACAGCGUGCUCUACCUGGCCAGCCCUCUGGCUUCCUAUGUGACGGGGGCUGUGCUGGUGGCCGAUGGCGGGUCAUGGUUGACGUUCCCAAACGAUGUCAAAGGGCUGGCGGAUUUCGCAUCCUUCUCUUCUAAGCUCUAGGUACUGGGUGGCUGAGGCAGCCAAGUUGUUUUAGGGGGAAGCCGUCCUCAGCCAGCUCCUAAGUUCUGGAACUUCUGCAGGAUUCUUCCGACCGCUGCUUCCCUCUGCCUCACAGCCAGGUGGAGAGCACCAGUCUGAACCAGCAAUGCCCGCAGCCCAGCCCCUCCUCUGGACACUCAGCUAUUUCUGCACUCUCCCUCCCCAUGGUCCCAACUCCAGGGCAGGAGCAACUGGACAGUGGGCCCAGCCCGUGGAGCUGCCAUGCAGGUGUCUGAGGGCCAGGUGCCACGCAGGUGGUGCGGGUGCAGACAAGAUAUUGAGAUGUCCCCUGCCCCGUGGUCAAGGCUGUCCUGCCUGCCUGAGUCCAGGGCCUGAGGGAGCCACAUGGAUCCUGAGACUUGUGUUCUCUUGGCUGAAAACACUGAGGUGCUCCCGUCUGUGCAUGGCCCAUGAGCUGGGAUGGGCCUCAGGCUGCCCACAAGGUCCACCCCUCUGUCUCUGCACCACCUGUUUGCACAAACACACUUUGCUACAAUCUUGCUAGAUAGUGCAUUUUCUUAAAAGAUAAUCUAUUUGCUGUGAAAAUAAACUGGACUUUGCCAAAGCUUUUAGAAGGAAAAGAGCAUUAAAGAGAAUUGCUGGUGACCCU